CAGUUUAAUGUUAGAUUUACGAGGAGCUACGAAGGCAUCAUAAACCCCAUGACAGCGUUCCGCGGGAAAUUCAGUACUGGUUGGAAGAUUUUCUUUCUGGAUUAGUGACAUAACCAUAGCGCUUUAUAACAUCCUGGUACGGAUAAACAUAUUGUCAGUGGACGUGACGGGUACAAGUAACAUUACAAAAUGUCAAAGAAGAAAGGACUCAGUUUGGAGGAAAAAAGAAGUCGUAUGAUGGAGAUUUUCUUUGAAACGAAAGAUGUGUUUCAGCUGAAAGACAUUGAGAAGAUCGCCCCGAAGACAAAAGGCAUAACUCCCAUGAGUGUGAAGGACGUGCUGCAGAGCCUCGUGGAUGACAACAUGGUGGACUCUGAGAGAGUGGGUACAUCCAACUACUACUGGUCCUUUCCCAGCAAGGCCCUGCACGCUCGCAAGCACAAACUGGAGGAUCUGCAAAACCAGAUUUCUGAAGCAAAGCAGCGGAAAGAGUCUGUUCAGAAAGCGGUGGAAAAAGCGAAAGUAGGACGUCAAGACACAAAGGAGAGAAGCGCUCUGCUGAAGGAACUGCAGGCUCUGAGAGAGGAGCGGACACAGCUGCAGGCCGAGCUCGAGAAGUACAGAGAAUGUGACCCCGAGGUUGUCGAGGAGAUGAGAAAGUCAAAUGUCCUAGCAAAAGAUGCUGUUUCCAGGUGGACAGACAAUGUUUUUGCCAUCAAGUCAUGGACAAAGAAGAAGUUCAACUUUGAUGACAGCCGCAUUAAUAAAGCCUUUGGGAUCCCUGAGGAUUUUGACUACAUGGAGUGACUGCCAGCUUUUCUACAGGAGUUUAUAGCACAAACGGGGAACAAAGGCUUAUGUUUGAAGCCAGUAUAACUGGUCUCAGCAGUUUUAGUUUAUGUUCAGAGUUAUAUGGAAGUCCUGGGUGGGCUUUAAGGGUGGAUAUCAGUAGUUUUGCUGUGGCAGAUGUACUUUAUCAGCCGAUACGUUGCUUUGGUGAAACCAGAGAAGAGCAGCCUAACCAUUAGUGGCCCUGAAGGGUGAAGGGGUUCUGUGAUGAACACAAUCUACCACCCUGACUUUUGGGACACCUGUUUGCAUGGAAACUGAGAGCCCUAAGUUGAUGAUGGACAAGGAAUGAACCCUUAACUCAUCUGUGUAUCCUAUUAUCUAAUGUAUAUGCCUUAAACAGAUGUUGUGGAAUCAAAUGAUUGUGAUUUUCUUUCUAAGUUUUAGUUCUGCUGGUAUGAAAGUAAAAAAGCGUUGGGCUACAUCCAGUCCUAUUUGUUCACAAAAAGUGGGGGAUUUAAACUACGGAAUGUGUUUGGGAUAUGUUAUGUUAACGUGAUGUAAAUAUUUAAAGUACUUUUACUUUACGAGGACCUCUUUUCUCUUCCUACAAAUAAAAUGUCCUUUUGAGUUUUACAAGACGUUUUCUGCAGUCGCAUUCAUUCUACAACGUUGUGUACAGUGGAAGUAAAUGUAUUAACACCAUCCUAUUUUUGUGCUUUAAUUUGUGUUAAUAAAUUGCCACUGAAACAUUGA